AUGGCUGCUGAGGUAGCGAAUUCGUGCGCUGAAGAAGAUGGUCAUUCUAGUAUAGCUGAUGGCUCCGAAGGUGAGGAGGGUGAGAUUUUAGACACGGACGACUCCGGCUUCAUACCGCUUUCUGGAGCGAAAGCUGAAGUCGAUGAUGCAGGGGAUUCUACGAGCGAUGACGAACCCCCUGAGGAGAUUCUCAACAGAGUUGCCAAGAAG